AUGGCUCCGCCCAAUCCUCGUGCUGAUUGGGAGAGGCUGGACGACCAAUUCUACCGGAAAGUCAAGGUAUACGAGGCCGUCUUUGAUGAGGAUCUGGAAUUGGAGAACUAUAUUGUCGCCGGAGCUCCCUAUGGAGGCGCACUCGCUUUUUAUCGGAACGAAAGCAGACUGUAUCAGUAUCGAGAUGCCCAAACGUCCAAGGCGAGUAUAGAUAUUUACUCGUACUCGGGGAAACUAAUCAGUCGCUUGAAUUGGGAAUAUGGCGCAAUCAAAGGACUAGGAUGGUCCGAUAAUGAAGAGCUGCUAGUGGUGACCGAAGACGGCACUGUGCGCCGCUACUUCGGAUUACAUGGCGAUUUUGCUCCUUUUUCAUUGGGAAAUGGAGCCGAAGAGUACGGCGUUCGAUCUUGUCGAUUUUGGUCGUCGGGUUUGGUGGCCCUGCUGUCUAACAACCAACUUAUUGCUGUUUCAAACUACAAAGAGCCUAGACCCAGGCUGCUGGCAGCGUCUCCAGAGGGCGAAGUCUCGUCAUGGUCAUUAACACCACCAGCAUACACCUUGUCUCGCACCGUCGAAGUUCUUUUGGCUGUUGACAAAACUGUUUACGUGAUCGACGGCACCGAAGCAGAAGACCGAUUGCUUCAAAAUGGACCAUUUAAGCAUGUGACUGCUUCCCCCACGGGCCGUUCAGUCGCGCUAUACACUAUUGAUAACCAGGUUUGGGUCGUCAGCAGUGACUUUCAAAACAAAUACAGCGAGUACGACUCAAAAACCAAAACUCCGCCAUUGGCCAUGGAAUGGUGCGGCGAGGAGGCUGUUGUUCUGGCGUGGGAGGAUGAAAUACACGUAGUAGGAACCAACGGGGCUGUUUCCAAACAUUAUUACGAUGGGCGCGUCCAUGUUAUUCCCGAGCUGGACGGAGUCAGACUGGUGACAAGCGAGACCUGCGAAUUCUUGCACAAGAUCUCCUCUGUCACCGAGGAGGUGUUCAAGCUUGGCUCAACAUCACCACCUUCAGUUUUGCUAGACUCCGUCGAUCUAUUGGAAAAGAAAUCCCCCAAGGUAGACGAAAUUAUGCAGCGUAUUCGACCUAGCCUUCCAGAAGCCGUUGAUGUUUGCGUUCAAGCAGCUGGCCAUGAAUUCGACACAUACUGGCAGAAAAGACUUUUGAAGGCUGCCUCGUUUGGAAAGUCUGUAUUGGAGUUGUUCAAUAGCGACGACUUUGUCGACAUGACGGAGAAAUUGAGAGUGCUGAAAGCUGUCCGCGAUUUUGAAAUCGGAAUGCCCAUGUCUUUCAACCAAUAUCUUCGCUUGACCCCAGAAAGACUAAUAGACCGACUGAUUAAUCGCCAUGAAUACCUCCUGGCGAUCCGAGUCUCGGAAUACCUUCGCAUGCCUGCAGAUAAGAUUUAUAUUCACUGGGCAUGCCAAAAGGUCAAGGUGUCUACUGCCGGUGACGAUUCUCUGUGCAAACUUGUUGUGCAGCGACUAGAAGGGAAAUCGGGAAUUUCCUUUGAGACUAUUGCCCAAUCGGCAUAUGACGAGGGAAGAGCACACCUUGCCACACAACUUCUAGACUACGAACCUCGAGCUGGCAAACAAGUGCCACUGCUUCUCAACAUGGAAGAGGACGAUGUCGCACUGGACAAGGCGAUGGAAAGCGGUGAUACAGAUCUCAUCUACUAUGUUCUACUGCACAUGAAAAAGAAACUUCCUUUGUCGAACUUUUUCCGAACGAUCAACGACAGGCCUACAGCGGCAGCACUCGUUGAGACGUCGGCACGGGACAGUGAUACCGAGCUUCUGAAAGACCUAUACUACCAGGAUGACAGGCCGAUUGAUGGAUCGAACAUUUUUAUUCUCGAAGCAUUAUCACGAGACGACGUUCAGUCCAGGAUUGACAAGUUGAGCCAGGCAUCCCGCGUCCUUUCAGACUCAAAAGAGGCCGCUACGCAAUUUCAACACAAAUCCGUUACCGAAGCUAUUCAGCUCCUUCGUUUACAAGAAGCUUUGGACAAGGAGUUGUCUGAUGGCUCCGACUAUGUCGGUCUCAGUGUCAACGAAACCGUCUACAAGUUAAUCAAGGCAGGAUAUGGAAAACGAGCACAGAAAUUACACAGUGAAUUCAAGAUGUCGGACGUGACUUUUUGGUGGGUCCGAUUGCGUGCCCUGGUUGCCAAACGAGAUUGGGGUGAACUUGAGGAGAUUUCGAAAACCAAAAAAUCUCCUAUUGGGUGGGAGCCGUUCUAUAAUGAGAUUUUAGGGGCGGGGAACACAAAAAUCGCUUCAGCUUUUGUUCCCAAAUGCAGCAAUUUACCCGCUGCUGAAAGAAUCGAAAUGUGGAUGAAAUGCGGCAUGAUCAUAAAGGCAGGGGAGGAAGCCUUCAAGGCCAAAGAUGUCAACGCUCUCGAGGUCUUGAGGACAAAGGCCUCUGGCUCGGCUGUGGGUGAGAUAGAUCGCAUGAUCAAUCAACUUCGACCGAGAAAUAGGUAG